GGAGCGCAGACGAUGACGACGGGCGGCGGCGGCGACGGCGGCGACCGCUUGUCGGAGCUCUCCGACGAUCUUCUCCGGCGCAUCCUCUACUUCGUCCCCUCCAAGGAGGCUGCUCGCACCAGCGUGCUCUCACGGCGGUGGGGCUCGCUGUGGCGGUCGUCGGGCGCCGUCAACCUCGCCGUGCAAGUCCACGGUUACCAACAUUUACAGUACGGCGACUCCUACCAAGAGACCGAGGAGGCCUUCUUCUUGAAGCAAGAGGCGUUCGUCCGCGGCGCCAAGGCUGCGCUCGACGCCGCCGAGACCCCCAUCACAAGGCUCACCUUGCGUGUCGAGUCCAACGACCACGACGCCAUGAGGACCAUCGACCAGUUCCUCUGCAGCGGCAGGGACUGGGAACGCGCCGACUUGGUCGGCGCUGUGGUUUUCCACCAAGCGGCGCGCCGCGUUGAGGAGCUCCGCGUCGCCGUCGCCGCCGUCGACGUUGGAAGCUUCUUCCUUUACUAUGAGGAAGAGAAUCACAGGCACAGAGGGAUCUAUAGGCUCGCCUCCCUCCCGUCGUCGGACACCCUCCGCGUGCUGGACCUCACCUGGUGUGACCUCACCCUAAUGGCCGCCGCCGCCUUCCCACUCCCACGGCUGGCGACAUUGCGGCUAAGCUACUGCUCCGUUUAUCCCAAUGUCGUCCAGGCUCUGCUGGACGCCGCGACGGAGCUCACCACCGUGCAGCUGGAGUCUCUCUACUUCGUGUCGCCUCCGGACUCCCAGCAGAAAACGCAAUUUCACUGGCAACAGCAAGACCAUGAUGAACUCGAACUCGACGAGGCAGUGUCAGAACCGCCGGUGCUACGCCUGAGCUUCCCGGCGGCGACGACCACGCUCGUGCUGGCGCUGUGCGGCAUGCCGCCGGAGUCAUCAGAAGAUCGCCGUGGCAGGAGCAGAGGCGCCAUCGAGAUCGAUGCGCCCAGGCUGCAAUCCGUCAAAUACAAGGGUCUCAUUCGACGAUUCACUCUACGAUCGGCGGCACCUGGCGUUGCAAGGGUGGACCUGCAUUUCCUCCGGCAUCACCACGGCCCCAACCACCGGCAUGACAGUGACGACGACAAUGAGAAAGAGACAACACGCAUGCUCUUCUGGCAGUUCCUGCACAGCUUCACCAAUGCCAGGACCCUCAAGCUCAAGCUAGGAAACGACCUCAAGGACAUUGCGGCCAUUGGCGAGGCCAAGCGUGCCAGGCUCCUUUGUGCGUUCCCCAGGGUUGAGAUCCUCGAGCUGGAAGGCGUCCAUGGUGCCAAGAGCAAGACGGCGGCCGUCGCCAUUGCCAACCUGCUGCAUUGCUGCCCUGUUCUUGGUGAAAUCAUGCUGAAGCUGAGCACUGUGACAGCGAGCCUUAGCAAGGAUUCAAGGUAUGGACGUGACUUUUUGGAAAGGAAAGAUAGAUCGGAUUACGCCAAGUCCAUGGAUCGAUUCGUGCGCCGCCGGAAAUCAAAGACGACAGCCAUGUCCAUGGAGGAUAGAAGUUUUGGUGAUCAUAAGUAUGAUGAUGUUGCUGGUAUCAAUGGUCUCAGUGGGCGCUCGUUCGCCUGCUUGCAACGCACUCUAAGAAGAGUUGGCCUGCAGUUCCAACUGGACAACAACUCCUUCUCCAGUUGCCUUGGACUGCGGCUUAUCAAAUUCUUCGCUGACCAUGGCAAGGUUCUUGAAGAAAUGUUUGUUGACACUGGCAACCGGAGACUAGACGAGCACCUCAACUUCAAUGAGGAAACACAGAUCGCACUCGCACCUAAACCUAUCUCAGCCACAGCUUCUAUCCAGCACAAUAAUCUGGCAGCAAGUUCUUCGGGAUUUUCUAGAAUUUCUAGUGCGUCGCUUGCUGAUUCCACAACAGACCUUGCCAAGAGUACAGUCGGCUUUACGGUGUUACCCCUUCAAAGGCAUGAAAAGAUGGACUGCAAGUCUUAAUCCAUUGCAAAGUAAGAUAACUAGAUAAGAGAUGCCAUACAAUGACCAUCAUCCAAGAUAUCAUGAAUAAACUGCUUAUUUCUGAAUUUUUUUUUUGUAAGAUGGAAAUGAA